UCGUCACGGGGUGUAGAAGGGACAGGAAACAAUAGGAGAGUACGAAAGAUGAGGAAAAGGACGAUUGCGGUACUGGGGGUCGCAAUUUUGUGCUUCGUAAUUCUUAUGAUUGCCACUCCGGCCAUCUCUCAGUCUCAAGAGUACCACGACUUUGCUGAUCAACGCAAUUUCUUUGGGAUACGCAAUGCACUGAAUGUGAUUUCAAACUUCCCCUUCUUUGUCAUUGGAUUAGCAGGGCUAGUACUCUGUCAUUAUCGGAAUUAUUUUAAACUGAGCUUACAGGGAGAGUCUUGGGGUUGGUCGUGUUUCUACAUAGGUGUUACAGCUGUUGCUUUCGGGUCAGCUUACUACCAUCUUGAACCAAAUGAUUCUCGUCUGGUUUGGGACCGCCUUCCAAUGACUGUUGCGUUCACUUCUAUCGUUGCUAUAUUUGUCAUCGAGAGAGUGGAUGAGAGAAAGGGAUCUUUGUCUAUUAUCCCAUUGAUUUUGGCUGGAGUGAUAAGUAUUUUAUAUUGGAGAUAUUUUGAUGAUCUCCGUCCUUAUGCAGUUGUUCAGUUUGUUCCGUGCUUAGCCAUCCCUCUAAUGGCUAUACUAAUGCCUCCAAUGUAUACACACUCAGUAUAUUGGUUAUGGGCAGCCGCAUUUUAUCUCAUAGCUAAAAUUGAGGAAGCAUUGGAUAAACCAAUUUAUAAGUUGACUCAUCAUAUUGUGAGUGGGCAUACACUGAAGCAUUUAUGUGCUGCAAUGGUUCCUCUCUUCUUGACUCUAAUGCUUGCAAAGAGGGAGGUAAUUCAAACAGAGAGCCAGAGAAGAAGUUUUGUGCAGAUAUGGAAAAUAUCACGGGAUAAACUCAAGCUGAAAGGGAACGGUACGGAAUUAGAGAGUUCCGAAUGCAGCUAUGCAUAUAUUCCUGUUGAAGACUGAGUGGGGAGCAUCCAUCUUUCAUGGCCAGUGACAGAUACUUCUUCCCACCCACAAAAAACAGUCUAUAUACUUGCUAACACACCUUUUGUGGGCAUAUUGCGAGGUUUUGUUACAAAACAAGAAAGAAAAAAGAGAAAUGGAUGAUAAUUGUAAUAUGGUUGGUUGAGAAAAUGGAGUUCACAAUCAGUUCCGUUUUGGUAUGGAACCAACCGUUGACAGAUGUGAGCACCUAGCAUUGUCAUCCAGAGUGUAUCCGUUUGGCAUACUUCCAGUUCCGUCCACUGGUUACUCAAUAUAUAAUGCGGAGUGGAAUAUAAAUAUAUAAUCAAUCAAAAGACAUUAAAGUUAGAAGAUGUGUGAUGAUCAUCUGAUGAACGUUUAUCACAUAACACCGUCGUUUAUUAAAAAAUGAGCCCA